AUGUGCGGCAUUUUCGCUUACAUCAACCACUUGGUGGAGAAGGACCGCAAGGAGGUCGUAGACAUUCUUGUCAACGGUCUUGCUCGUCUCGAAUACAGAGGUUACGACUCUGCCGGUAUUGCCAUUGAUGGUGACACAGAGAGGGACACUCUCGUUUUCAAGCAGGUCGGCAAGGUCGCUGCUCUCCGCAAGCACAUUGACGAGUCUCCCAUCGACCUCCGCAAGGUCUCGAUCUCCCAGAUGGGUUUGGCCCACACCCGUUGGGCCACUCACGGUCAACCCAGCCCUAUCAACUGCCACCCUCACCGAUCCGACCCAACCAACGAGUUCACUGUCGUCCACAACGGUAUCAUCACCAACUUUAGGGAGCUCAGGAUGGUUCUCGAGAAGCGCGGCUUCAAGUUUGAGAGCGAGACCGACACUGAAUCCGUAGCCAUUCUCUGCAAGUACCUCUACGACUCGGCUCAGGGCCGCAAGCCCGACUUUACCUCGCUCAUCAAGAGCGUCGUCAAGGAGCUCGAGGGUGCCUUCUCCUUUGUUUUCAAGUCUGUUCACUUUCCCGGAGAGGUUGUCGUUGCUCGUCGAGGUUCGCCCCUUCUGAUCGGUGUCAAGACCGAGAAGAAGCUCAAGGUCGACUUUGUUGACGUCGAGCUCGGUGGUGCUGUUGAAGAGACGGGUUUCGGCGAUGCUGGUCUCCUUGCUCCUCCGGGCACCGACCCCUCUGGCCCUGGCUCUCUCACUGUCCCCAACGCCAACAACAAGCUCCUCCGCUCUCAAUCCCGUGCUUUCUUGUCCGAGGACGGUCUCCCCCAGCCCAUCGAGUAUUUCAUUGCUUCCGACGCCGCCGCUGUCGUUGAGCACACUAAGCGUGUCCUCUACCUCGAGGACGACGAUGUCGCCCACAUUGCCGAGGGUGAGCUCCACAUUCACCGUUUGCGAAGAAACGAUGGCCUUAGCUCCAUGCGUUCCAUCGAGACUCUGGAAAUGGAGUUGGCCGAGAUCAUGAAGGGCUCCUUUGACCACUUUAUGCAGAAGGAGAUCUACGAGCAGCCCGACUCGGUCGUCAACACGAUGCGUGGUCGUGUCGACUUUGACAAGCGUCAGGUCAAGCUUGGCGGUCUUACUGCCUUUCUCAACACAAUCCGUCGUUGCCGCAGAAUCGUCAUGACCGCUUGUGGUACCUCUUACCAUUCCUGCUUGGCUACUCGUGCCAUUUUUGAAGAGUUGACCGAGAUUCCCGUCUCGGUCGAGCUUGCCUCGGAUUUCUUGGACCGCAAGACCCCCAUCUUCCGUGAUGAUGUUUGCCUUUUCGUUUCGCAGUCCGGUGAGACGGCCGAUACCAUCCUUGCUCUUCGAUACUGCUUGGAACGUGGUGCCCUUUGUCUCGGUGUCGUUAACACUGUCGGUUCCACCAUGUCCCGAGAGACCCACUGCGGUAUCCACAUUAACGCCGGUCCCGAGAUCGGUGUCGCCUCCACCAAGGCAUACACUUCCCAGUACAUUGCCCUCAUCAUGAUGGCUGUCCAGCUCAGCGAGGACCGAAUCUCGAUGACCGAGCGAAGAAACGCCAUCAUUGACGGCUUGCAUGCUCUCCCACACCAGAUCAAGUCCAUUCUUGCCCAGGACAAGGCCCUCCAGGGUCUUGCUCACAACACUCUGGCCAAGGAGCGCUCCUUGCUCAUCAUGGGUCGAGGCUAUCAGCACGCUACCUGUCUCGAGGGCGCCCUUAAGAUCAAGGAAGUCUGCUACAUGCACUCGGAAGGUAUCCUUGCCGGUGAGCUCAAGCACGGUCCUCUCGCUCUCAUUGACGAGUCGAUGCCCGUCAUUUUGAUCAUGACCAAGGACUCUUUGUACCCCAAGGUUCAGACCGCGCUCAUGCAGGUCACAGCGCGAAAAGGUCAGCCCAUUAUCAUUUGCAACGACGACGACCAGGACAUCAAGCCGGAUAUGAAGACCAUCCGUGUCCCCCGCACCGUCGACUGCCUUCAGGGUCUCUUGACUGUCGUCCCUCUCCAGCUCCUCUCUUACCACCUCGCCAUCGCCGCAGGCGUCGACGUCGACUUUCCAAGGAACCUUGCCAAGUCUGUCACCGUCGAGUAA